AUGGCUUCAAAUAAUAACAGGGCUGGAGAAAAUGUGCGAACGCCGAUUGGACGAAGCACAACACUCACAUGGAAAGAACGAGUAGAAAGGUACGCAGCUAACGACGAGCUAAGUGGAAUAACAUGUGCGGUCUACUCAACCAGAGACGCUAAUGAUUUUAAUCAAAAGACUAAGUGCAUUUGCGGUCGGUUAGCACGUCUGCAUAGUUACGAAGGUGAACCAAAAAAAGAACUCAGGAAGUCAAGAAAAUGGGGAACCGAGCUUGCUGGUGUAACACCAAUGACUGUGUAUGGACAAUUAUCUAAUGGUGCUCGAUUCAUUCGGUGUGAUAUAGAGGCAAAUCCAUUUGAAAAACUGGUUCAACUAAUUCUUGACGAUGUAGACAACAUACCUAAAUUGAUUUAUAACGGUAGUACAUCUGCCCGGAUAGCAGAGGAUGUGUGGUUCGAAUCCCACGAAAAGAUUAUCUUUUUCUCCGUUCUGUGGUCAUAUCAUCUCGCUGUUAGUCCAGCACCUAACAGAAUUGGCCACCUAGCAGCUACAGAAGGUAUUUGGGUAUUGACAACUGGUUUAAAUAGUGGUGUAUCAAGGCUUAUUGGUCAAGGGAUUCAUCGUAGCAAAUUAUUAAGUAAUAAUAAAUGGAAACCAGUCGUUAUUGGGAUGAACAGUUGGGGUACACUUGCAGAAGAUACGCGAAAUAGUCUUUCGUCCAAGGGACCAUCAAAUCAACCGAUAAUUGUUUCACCAACAAUCCAAGUUGAGAAUGGCAAUGAAGCGAAAGCUCUUGAUAAUUACCAUACGCACUUUCUGUUGCUAGAUGACGGCCGUGUCAACGAUUAUCUUGAUGACAAUCGUAUAAAAAAUUAUCUUGAUGAUCGUCCCCGGAGCACUUUUGUUCAGAUAGCACGCAAGAAAACGGAGUGCUAUUCUGUCACGAUCAUUGUGGAAGGUGGAUUCAAUACACUUGAGGUAAUUCAGAACGAUCUGGAGGCCAAGCGACCAGUAAUCAUCGUUCACGGGAGUGGCCGUUUAGCCAAUCUGCUCGGCGAUCUGCUUCUAAACGUGGAAGAAAACAAUCCCGUAGGAGAACGCAAAAUAAAACAACACCUUGAACGUUGUAAAGAAUUGUGUCCUUCAACAGAAAAAGAGCAAAAUGAGAUGAUUAAAGCCAUAGAAAAAGUGCUAGAAGUUCAACAUCGAUGCUGCCUAAGUGUUUUUCAGCUUGGAAACGACAUGAAUCUUACGAACACAAUUUUUAAAGCAGUCCUAAACACUAAAACAGAACCUCAGUCUCAAGAUCAAGAUCGAACUCAAUUUAAACCUGACGAACCACCUGAUUUGUUGAAGUUAGCUGUGAGGUGGAAUUGUAUAGGUGAAGACUAUGAUGUUUUCAAACAUUAUGAAUGCGUGCCGAAUCGUGUCGAACAAGAACAAGCUAGUACAGGUCAUGUUCGUGUUAGUCGUUAUGGAGAGCAAGAAAUCUUGCGGGACAUUUUUCUCUGGAGUGUUUACUCAGGCUAUGUAGAUGUAGCAUUGGUUCUGUUGCUCCAGAUCAGACCACGCGUUUGUGCAGCACUGAUUGCUGUUGGGAUGGCUCAUCAUUUGUCAUCAAUUUGCAGUAAUCUACAAAUACGAAAUACAUACAAAGAACACCGAGUUAUAUAUGAACAGUAUGCUACAGAGUGCAUUGACGCUUGCUAUAAACGAAAUGAACAAUUAGCUUGCCAACUGUUGCUACGUGAAAUCCCUCUCUUCGGAAAUAUCACUUGCAUGCAAAUAGCCAUUGCAUCUCGCAUCAUUCCUUUUAUUAACACAGUUUGUUUCGAUGAAGUUCUCAAUCGGCAGUGGUAUGGACAAUUAGAUGGGGCUUCAAUUAAAACAGUGUCGGCCUCGUUCAAUCUUAACAUCCAACUGGUGCUAUUCGGUUUCAUUGCUCCAAUAUCUUUUCCCUAUCGCUUAGCUGACGGAAAAAAUGAAACGAAUGAAGGAUAUGAUUAUGUUCAAGACGGGACUGCACCUCAAAAUAAACAAAAUGAUGCCAAUCAACACAAGAAUAUUGUCAGAGAUGUUGACGGCAUAGAAGAUCAGCUUACAAACAGUGAAGCAACCAAUUAUUGGCAUAAAUGGAUGCAAUUUCAUAAAAGUCCUGUCGUGAUGAUGAGUUAUCAAUUCUUUUUCUAUAUAUGGUUUCUAUUGGUAUUCAGCUAUUGGAUGCUAUUUCACAUGCGAUCUUUGUCUGAUCCAGUUCAUUGGACUGAAAUAUAUGUGAUUGUGACCAUAUCAGCAACCCUCAUUGAAGAUAUUCGAAGACUCACUGUUGAAUAUCAAACACGAAUGCUUGAACGAUGGCACAAAGCAGACUUGUGGAUGUUGAUUCUGUAUGCAGCACCCUAUCUUUUGUUCUACGUUGGCAUUGGAAUUCAAUUCGGUUCAGCUGAUGAAAUUGAUUUGUUCACUGCAGCUAGGAUUGUGUUGGCGCUUGAUCUUGAAAUUUGGUUUCUCUUUUCGUUGCGCUUCGUCAGUGCUGUCAAAAUUCUGGGACCCAAACUGUUCAUGAUCCGUAAUAUGUUACGCGAUCUCUUCGGUAUUAUAUAUAUUAUUUUUGUGUGCAUCACUGCUUAUGGUGUUGCUUCAAGAGCACUAGUCAUGUACUCAAAUCUCGACUUUACUGCAAAUGACAUUGCAGCUUCUAUUUUGUAUCCACCUUACUGGUUCUUAUAUGGGGCGGUUGAUGAUAAAGAUACACUUGAUACCAUAAUUUCGUCAAAUACAAGUUCCGCUGGUGAAAUCGCUGGAGCGAAAGUCACUCACGUUCUUCUAGCUUUUCAUAUGCUUUUUGUCAGUAUUCUUAUUCUCAAUCUGCUAAUUGCCAUGUUCAAUUUUUCUAUUAUGGACGUUCAAGAGAAGAACGAAUAUGUUUGGCGCUAUCAAAGAUAUGAAUUGGUCCGUGAAUAUUUUGAAAAGCCAUCAUUCACUUAUCCGCCAUUUUCACUUCUUGUGUACAUAUUCUUAUUCAUCAGAUUUUUGAAACGUAAUCGUCAGACACGCUAUCGAAUAUUUAAACGUCUUGCUACAAAAACAUUGGACAUCCAAUGGACAGAUUUUGAGGCUGCAGCUACGUACGAGUAUGCUCGAAACCUUGUCGAAAACAAAUAUCGAUCACGUCAACCACCCGAUAUAUCACCGUAG